AUGGCUAGCCCUGGAAACAAGGUGGACAUUGACCACGACGAGUGCCAGGAACAACUGGACAAUCGCGGCAUCAACGACGGCCACGCCUCCGGACAGGGCCUCGGCAAGGCCGACCGUGCCCUUGCCCUCAUCGGCAACGAGAAGGUCGAGCUCACCAAUGAGGAUAGCCGUCGCAUCCGCCGCAAGACGGACAAGAUCAUCCUCACCAUCCUUGUCUGGGUCUACUUCCUCCAAAUCCUGGACAAGUCGGUCCUCGGCUACGGUGUGACAUACGGGCUCAAGGAGGACACGGGCCUGAUCGGAAAUCAAUACUCGCUCGCCGGCUCCAUCGCCCCCAUUGCCCAGCUCGCAUGGCAGCCCUUUUCGUCCUGGCUCAUCGUCAAGGUCCCCCACCGCAUCCUCAUGCCUACGCUGUGCCUGGGCUGGGGCAUUGCGCAGGCGUCCAUGGCGGCGUGCCACAACUUUGGCGGGCUCAUGGCGUCCCGCUUCUUCCUGGGACUGUUUGAAGCCGGCUGCCUGCCGCUGUUUAGCAUCAUCACUAGCCAGUGGUAUCGACGCGCCGAGCAGCCCCUCCGCGUCGCUGCGUGGUAUGGCACAAACGGCCUGGCCACCAUCGUCGCGGCGGCCAUCUCGUACGGCCUGGGACACAUCCAGUCCGACCUACUACAGGGGUGGCAGAUCAUCUUCCUCUUUGUCGGCCUCGUCACCAUUGUCUCCGCGCCCAUCGUCUACUGGAAGCUCGACAACGACAUCCCUUCGGCCCGCUUCCUCACCGAACACGAAAAGGCCCAGGCUGUCGAGCGCCUGCGUGCCAACCAGACGGGCACCGGCAGCCGCGACUUCAAGUGGCGGCACGUCCUCGAGGUCGCCCUCGAGCCCAAGACGUACCUCUGGAUCGGCAUGGCCAUGCUGCUCAACGUUGGUGCCAGCGUCACAAACACGUUUGGCCCGCUUAUCCUCAGUGGUCUGGUUCAAGACAAGUACCAGACCAGUCUGCUCAACCUGCCGUUUGGCGCUCUGCAGGCCAUCGUCAUCCUAUCGGCGAGCUGGCUCGCCCAAAGGGCCAAGCUCAAGGGCGCGGUCCUCGCAGCGUUUGUGCUCCCUGUCGUGGCUGGCCUGGCAGUGCUCUACUCUGUCAAGCGCGAUGGGAGCUCGCGCGCGCCGCUUCUAGUCGGGUACUACCUCCUUGCGUUCCUGUUUGGGGGCAACCCCCUUAUCGUGACAUGGAUUGUCGGCAACACAGGCGGCACGACCAAGAAGUCGGUCAUCAUGAGCGUCUACAACGCCGCUAGCUCGGCUGGCAAUAUCGUCGGCCCGCUCCUCUUCAACGACAAGGACGCACCCGAGUACAAGCCCGGCCUGCGCGCCUGUCUGGGCAUCUUUGUGGCCCUCGUAGCUGUCGUUUUUAUCCAGUGGGUCAACCUCAUGAUGCUCAACAAGUUACAGGAGAAGAAGCGUGCCAAGAACGGCAAGAAGACCAAGGUUGUGGACCACUCCAUGCAGGACCACUACCACAAUAUGCAGGAGGACAACGAUGUGGAAACUGGCGUGGUGAAGGGCGCGGGCAGCGCGCCAGCGUGGCAGGGGACGAAGCUCGGCGAGAAUGCGUUCUUGGACCUGACGGAUCGUCAGAACGAUGAGUUUAUUUACAUUUAUUAG